UUCAGCUGCGGGUCAGCAACCUCUCUCAGGUCUCUGAACAGGGGUUCCCGGUGCAUGCAGCUGUCACCACAAGUCAGGAAAACAGGCAUUUCAGGCUCUACUGAUUAAAAACCCAACGGGACGUAGGAAACAUGGGGUCUAGCGAGCUUCGAAAAGAAUUGGAGGAUUAUCUUAAAAACCUGAAUAUUGAAACAGUCUGCGUGGAACACCCGGAGGUCUUCACGGUGGAGGAGAUGAUGCCGCACGUGCAGCACCUCGGGGGGGCGGUGAGCAAGAACCUCUUCCUGAGGGACAAGAAGCGGAAGGGCCUGUGGCUGGUCACGGCCCGGCACGACCGGCGGGUGGACCUCUCGGCGCUGGCCGGGCGGCUGGGCCUGGGCAGGGGCGCCCUGCGCUUGGCCGACGAGGCCGCCAUGCUGGAGGCGCUGCGGGUGGGCCAGGGCUGCGCCACGCCCCUGGCGCUCUUCUGCGACCGCGGGCGGCGCGUCCGGCUCGUGCUGGACAGCGGCCUGGUCAGCGAGGGCCACGACCGGCUGUACUUUCACCCCAUGACCAAUGCGGCCACGAUGGGGCUGAAGCCGGAGGACUUCUUGCGCUUUUUAAAGGAAACUGGGCACGAACCCAUUCUUGAAAGCUUCGAGUGAGCUACAGUUCUUAGUAGAGUAAAGCUGCAAGCAGAUGGAAUAAACACUCCGUAUGGGGGUUGAAUUUGACCCUUUCUGUUUUGUUCUGGCUCCAGAGGCGUCUAGCCCAUUGUUUUCUCCAAGCAGGAUUGUUUCCAGGUGCUCUGAGCGAACAUGCUGCAGAGCUCUUCAGAAAAAGCUCAAACUUUCCCAGAGAAGAUUGUGCGUGUUGUCAAAGGCGCGGUUCUUUAGAAAUCACACAGUGAGCAGUGUGCUUUCGCCAAUUCCCAUUUUCACUUCUGUUUUUCCAACUGCAGGCUUUGGAGAAGUCUCAUCUGGACUGUUUUAAGGUCCGGGUUGUGCAGGGGGAAGUAAGUUAGUAUACAAAACGGGAAGGGUUCACCCAGAGCAGCGUUCGCUGGAAAACAUCUUUCUGUGAUAUUCUUGUGGUCUGUAUCUUAUGUAUUAAACCUUUAGACCAAAAUAUUUAGGCCUUUACGCAGUACCUUCUGUGAACCGGGUUUAAAAAAAAUGUUUUUCUAUUUCAAAGAUGAAUGGUUUCCUUAACUAAACUGCAGAGAAUAGUUACACAAGUCCAAGAGGCCAUUCUAACCCAUGAUAUUUCUGAUGUUAAGAACUGUAUUGUUUAAAACAAAAAAACAAAUUGCAUUUCAUUGGGAUGUGUUGUAAGGCCCACUUCCCCCCAUAAAUGAGCUGAAAAUGAAACCAGCAACCACAGACUGACCCUGAAGUGACUGAAGAAAUAUGCUGUUGCAGAUUUUGCAUGAAUGGGUAGAGAUGUUGUGGGCCGUGUCUGUGAGUAAUAUCUCGACUAUGCAGUAAAACCUAUCCGCAGCGCACUGGAUUUGCAGUCUAAUAUGCAGGAGAAUUUGGAGAGCCACCACAACCCCACCCCCAUCAUGACUGCUGCCUCAGAUCAAAGACCUGGUCUCGCAACACUGCGAAUUAAAACUCACCGAAAUGACCAGGCUAGGAGUGAGGCCUAUUAUCUGCAAUCCAGGAAGUGUCUGCACAUUGCACCCUGUGCAAAGCGUAUGAAAGAAAAAACAUGUGGUCCUGUGCCAUCGCCACAGCAGACCACAUCUGUAAUCCCGAGUCUAGUGUUCCACAGCACCCCAGGCUACUCCACAGCCCACGCUUGCGGUUUACUGAUGAAGAAAGAAAUCAAAGGGGCCCUUUAACUUUUUUCAUACGUACUGAUUUUUAUUUCAUUUUUUUUUUAACAAAGGGUAACCAAGAGUUCUGACUGGGGGAUCCCCCUUUGAAGUGAUCGCUUUCAAAAGGGAGCCCACAAUUUAUCCCGACGCCACAGCAAAUCCAGUUUCAGUAAGGCUCCUAUUAGCAACAAUAAUUCAAAGCAGUAAUGCAGGAUGAUAGAUUGAAAAGUCAGUUGGGACCUUUGCAUCGAUGAGAGCAAGACUGCUUGUUGCGUGCCAAUAUUUUUGCCUGCAUAGGGUUUAUCAUGGGGACUCCCUGGAUAAUCUGUGAGAACACUGUCUGGGAAAACAGGGGAAUUACAAGUGUCUGUUUAUCUGAAAAGCAAAUCUGCAAAUGAUAGUGAUAAUGGGUAUCACAAAACUGGAAGGUUUUUUUUUAUUGAGAAGUUCUGUACAAGCUCAAUUUUUGGCAUGUGUACUGCAGUCUUUGGAAUCAGACAUUCCAUUUUUUAGGUCUUCAUUUUAAACUUUUGAUCUUUGUGAAUAUCAUAUGUACUUACCUUUUCUGAGAUGAUCUUUGAAAACCUUACCAGGUGAAUGCACCGUGCAUUAAGAAGGCAUAAGGAAGAUCUUAACAAUGCAAGACUUACAAUCCCACUACUGUAAUGUAGUUGUACACAGAACAAGAUUUUGCUGAAGUGUUGAGGUAUGACUGUUGCUCUCUGAGGUUUUUUCACCCUCACUCACAAUAUAUACAGGAAUGUGGGAGUAAAAGAGAUCAAUGACAAACAGGCACAGAAGAAAAGGAAGGUGAGAAAGCAUGCAUUUCACAGCUCUCACAAUCUGAUGCAUUUUUGAUGGAAUUAACGAUUAACUUAGUCUGGGUUUGUGUUUAACAGGCCUGGUCAAAGGAGGAGGUCUAGUCUGAGAUGUUUUUCCUGCAGUGAAAAAGUGAACUAGGUCCCUGUAUAAAAAUAGUGCUAACAUUGCCUUACCCAUUUGCAAUUAGGUCUUCUGUACACUAAGUAAGUGUGCAACUCGCUUUCAGAUUGCAAGAGAUGAUUUAAUGAUGAAUGACCUAAAAAAGCAAUGAUGAACCAUAAAUAAAGGGGGGUGGAUGCCAUUAA